AUGCAUCAGGACCAACGCCAGAAGGGCAUGCCUCAGAUUCAAGGCACCAGCCUGAUGUUCCGCUGGCUCACCUAUCCCUGCAUUCUGGGCACCGACGUCGCCGGCGAGGUAGUCGAGGUCGGCCCCGGGGUCACUCAAUAUCAAAUGGGUGACCGCGUGCUGGGCAUGGCGAGCGGAUUUCAGCGCUAUGUGGUCCUGGCCACGCAUAUGGCCGCGGUCCUGCCCCUGGGCAUCGCCACCGCGGCCGGUGGCCUCUUCGAGCCUGACCAACUCAAUCUCUCCUACCCUUCGACUCAUCCCACUCCCACCGGCCAGACCGUUAUGAUCUGGGGCGGGUCCACCAGCGUGGGCAGCAACGCCAUCCAACUCGCCACGGCCGCCGGCUACGAGGUGUUCACCACUGCAUCCCCGCACAACUUUGACUAUGUGACGCGCCUCGGGGCCGCCCCGGUCUGGGACUAUCGCAACUCGACCGUCGUGCCGGACAUGAUCGCGGCCUGCCAAGGGAAGACCGUGGCCGGGGCGCUGGCAGUGGGCGCCAACGCCGCGGACGGCUGCAUGGCCAUUCUGGCACAAUGCACGGGGAACCGCGUCGUCGCCCUGGCCAGCUAUCCGGUGCCGUCCCCCCCCCCGCCCAAGCACUUGACCAUGCUCCGCACCAUGCUGGCCUUCCUCGGGGGGAGUCUCGCCUACUGGCUCAAGGCCCGGACCAGCGGGGUGCGCUACAACUACAUCUUCGCCUCCACGCUGUAUGACAAUGGCAUCGGAGAGAUGAUCUUUGCGAACUUUCUCCCGCGGGCGUUGACGGAGGGUCGCUAUCAGGUGGUGCCGGAGCCGGUCGUGCAUGGAAGGGGACUAGACAGCAUUCAGGGGGCCAUGGACUAUCAGCAGCAGGGCGUGUCCGCCAAGAAGGUGGUUGUGUUGCUACAGGAGUAAGUUUGCGGGCAUCUCAUGUUAGUGGUAGUCAGUGAUAUAUUCCCGUCUGUCUGCAGAUUAUUGUGAUUAGCUGCAGUUUUAAUCCUCUCUAUUCAUUCUGUUCUUAUACAAAGUUCAGGCCCCGACCAGACGGUGGAAUUCAAUUCUAUAUCCCACAUGUAUUCCCUGCGUUCAUCCAUUUGCGUUUUCC